AUGCAGCCUCUUUUGUAAUCCUUAGAUCCUGUUAAUAAUAUUAAUAGGGAUCCUCAUGGUUUUGGAUUGUCUUAGGCUACAUUUGUGAAUGUAUUUAAUCUAUAUUAUACAUAUAGGAUUAAGCCUCUGAUGUUUAGAGAAUUUAUGAAGAUUUAUACUCCAAAGUCAAAAAUGGUGAUCUAAAAGGAGUCAGAUAUCUUCUUGGAAUUAAUGAUAAUGAUUCCUUUAGUCAAAUGCAAUCAAUAAAUAUUCAAAAGAUCGUUGAUGAAAAAAAAAAUACUUUGCUUAUGCAUGCUGUUUGGAAAGAUCACACUAAGCUUUUUACAGACUUAAUUAAAUAUUCACUAUAAUUAUUUGGGUAACAAUUGAUUAAGCAAUUCUAGAGAGUCUGAUACUUAAUUAUGGGUUAUUCAAUAAAAUGAUUCUGGAAAUUAAUGUAUGCAUCUAGCAACUCAAAAAGGUAAUAUUGCAAUUCUUGAUGCAAUUUUUAAACUAGGAAUCAAAUUAGACUAAAAAACUAGACAAGGAUAAACAACUCUACAUAUAGCGUCACAAUCAGAUUAACCUAUUAUGUUAUACUAUUUAAUUAAUAUUGCAAAAGUUAAUAUUGAUAUAACAGAUAAUGAUUAUAGCACUGCUUUACAUUUAGCCAGUUACUCAGGUAGUGAAUAAUGUGCUGCUAUGUUAUUAGCUUGGGGUUGUAAAAUUAACUCUAAAAAUGUUUAUGGUUGUACUCCUUUGCAUGUCACAGCUAUAAGUGGAGAAUAUAAAAUUACCAGAAAGUUAUUGCUUUAUAAUGCCAAAACAAGAUUAAGAAAUAAAUAAGGCAAAACUGCAUAUGAAUUGUCUGUUGAAAAUGAUUUCUUAACUAUAAGUUAAAUGAUAAUGGAAUAUUAAGAAGGGAAUAUUAAAUGCAAUAAUUUAUUUGGAUAAAAAAAUAAGCCUAGGAUUGUAUUAUUAUAUUAAUAUCCAUAUAUAGAAUCAUAAGAGUAGAUUAUAAAUGUAUGCAUUCAUUUUAAUGUUAAUACUCAAUCUAAUAUAUUAAAUUUUGUUUACAUUAGGAAAUAAUUUGUUUGGUUACAUAUAAAUUAUUUUAGACAUAUUUGAAAUCUUUUUAUUUGUUUACAUAAUUAAUUCUGAUCCUGGAUAUCAAAUUUAAUAUAAAUAAGAAGGUUAAGUAUUUUAUUAAAUUUUACAAAAUAAUCCAAAAAAAUUGGAGAUUUGUUCAGAAUGUGAAACUCUAAAGGCUAAAAGAAGUCGUCAUUGUGAUUUUUGUAAUAGAUGUAUCAUAGUAUAUGAUCAUCAUUGUCCAUGGAUAAAUAAUUGUAUAGGUGCAAAAAAUCAUUUUUUAUUCAUGAUUUUUAUCUGGAUUACUUUCUUAACAAUUGGAUUUCAAUUAUUUGUUUCAAUUAUAUUGUUUAUUAAUAUUAUUUGGAAGUAAUCUUAUGUUGGAAUAUUAUCAUCAAAUUUGUGUUAUUGGGAUGUAUUUGAUAUUUUGUUUAAUACUCUAACUGAUUUAAGAAAGUAUUUGAGCAUUUCAAAAGGAGUUAAGAUAGAAUUUAUUGUUUUGGAAUUAUUAGUAACAUUAAUGUUUUUUGUUUUAUUGAGCCAUUUAAUAUGCACAUAACUGAAGAAUAUGUAUUAUAAUAGAACUACAUUUGAGAGAUUAAGUAAAAAAUAUAGGGGAUUCAAGUAAUAUAACUCAUAUUAGCUUUUAGUAAUUAACAAUCAAGUUUAUUAGAAAGUAGUUACAUUGAAAGUGAUCUAAACAAUUCAAAUUGUUUAAAGAACUGUUCCCUUUUGCUAUUUCGGAACAAACAUUCUAAGGAUUACAAUUACGUUUACCAUGAUAAUACAAGCCUUACAACAGCAAUAAUUUCCUGA